ACGUUUGAAAGGCAAUUAUGGACCAAUUGUUAGGUCAGUGUGCGUCGCACAGCAUCGGGAAUGCUAAUCAGUUGUUUGGACUGAUGAUACAAACGCUUAUCGCUGCUCAAUGUUCACUUUCGCCGCCGGAUAUGUGGCCCACGGAUUAUGCGUCGACUGCUUUGAAGAAUGGACUCGACGAAUACGAUUUCGUAGUUGUUGGUGCAGGCAGCGGUGGCUCUACCGUAGCUGGUCGUCUCUCGGAAGUCAAUGACUUUAAAAUUCUUGUUCUCGAAGCCGGUGGUGAUCCCCCCAUCGAAUCUGAAGUUCCUCUUCUCGCAUUCGGACAACAACGCAGCAAAGUCACGUGGAACCAUUAUUGCGAAAAAUCCGACAAAAGCAGCCUAAGCUUACCUAAAGGCAGUUACUGGCCCAGUGGAAAAUUGCUGGGCGGCUCAAGUGGCGUCAACGCGAUGUUGUACGUUCGAGGAAACUCUCGCGACUACGAUCGCUGGGAAGAAAUGGGCUGCACCGAUUGGGGCUGGAAAACAGUUUUGAAAUAUUUCAUGAAGUCCGAAGAUCAACAGCAGCCGAGUUAUUUGCAGGAUGGAAAUGAGAAGUUCCACGCAGCAGGAGGUCCUUUAAAAGUUGGUUCUUUCAUGAGUGCGGAUGUGAUGAAAUAUAUUGUCGCUGAUGCUGCCAUCGAAUUGGGCUAUCGCGAGGUCUUAGACAUCAAUGGGGGAAGUUAUUUGGGAUUUUCCACGCCUGGCGGGACUUUGCAUCAAGGCAAACGUUGGAGCGCAGCAAAAGCUUUCUUAAAUUCCGCCAAAGAUCGCGAGAAUUUGAACAUUAUCAAGCAUGCAACUGCCACAAAAAUCGAAUUUGACGACAAAAAACGAGCAAAAGGCGUUCAUUUUGUCCUUGAAACGCCCCAAGGUCCCAAGAAAAUGUUCGUUAAAGCCAAAAAAGAGGUAAUUGUCGCUUCAGGAACUGUUAAUUCUGCCAAACUCUUGUUACUUUCCGGCGUUGGACCUGAAAAACACUUGAAAGAAAUGCAAAUCCCGGUCGUUCAAGAUCUCCAAGUCGGCGAAAACCUCCAAGAUCACAUCGUAAUCCCCCUUUUCUACUCCUAUCACAAGACAAACUCCCUGCCUUUUGAUGUAACGCAGUUCGUAAGUGACUUUUUCGCUUAUGUAAUGCAUCGCGUUGGUCCAUUCAGCCACAUGGGAGCCUUAGACAUGAUGGGAUUCAUCAACACGGAAAAUAAAACCGAUAAAUUCCCCGAUAUCCAAUAUCAUUUCUUCAAAUUUGACCGUCAAACUCCGCAAUUUGACGUAAUUUUCGAAAAUUUCGGCUUUGACGCUGGAAUUAACGAAAAAAUUGUCGCCAUGAACCAAGAUGCGCAUACUUUGGUCGUUCUUGUGACUUUACUUCAACAAACGGACCGCGGAAAUGUCAAAUUGAGAAGUUCUGAUCCUUUUGAUGCGCCAAAAAUCACCACAGGUUACUUUGAAACCCCCACCGAUGUGAAGACCGCCAUCCGGGGCAUUCGAAAAUUCCGUGAAUUCCACAAAACGCAAGUUUUCCGGGAUCACGAAGUCGAAGAAAUUCAAAUUCCGUUGCCACAUUGCUCAGCGCCACACGAUUCUGACGCCUAUUGGGACUGCUACAGUCGUUCGGUGGGCACGACACUUUAUCAUCCAGUCGGCACAGCGAAAAUGGGACCCGAAAGUGAUGCAAAUGCCGUUGUUGAUCCCCAAUUACGCGUACGAGGCAUCAAGGGAUUACGUGUCAUCGAUGCCAGUAUCAUGCCACGCAUCGUGAGUGGCAACACGAAUGCACCGACAAUCAUGAUCGGGGAACGCGGUGCCGAUUUCAUUAAAGAAGAUUACCAAGGUAAACGAGACGAGCUCUAACGUUGCGGAAAAUUGAUGUAAUUUUUAAUCGUCUUAGCGACGACGAAGGCAAACAA